AUGCCGCAACAUGCAAUUCUAUUGCUACAACAAGCAAAGAGCACAGAUUACACUAGUGUCGAACUAAUGACGAUCAUUCUACAGAAAUCAGCCACAGAAUUAGGGGCAAACGCAGUUGUGUCUCAAAAUGUGGUUAUAGAGAUUGUCAAUGGAGUGUGCGAGGAAAGACAGAGUCUCGAAAAUUCCUCGUUCCCCUCGAGUGAUGUUUGGAACGGGACCGUUGAGGCGCUAGAGCGUGGCGCGAUCCAGAAGAUCAAAGCUUUGGGAGAGGUAGUUGGGAGAGUUGAGGUCCUUGGUACCAAGCUGGCCGCUCAAAAUGCGGGCUUUUGCCAUCUUUCAGAGGCUCUGGAUUUCAUGGGGAAGGAAGUCACUCAGGCUUAA